AUGUCAAGAGUACCAAUACGAAAUCUUUUCCUCUUCUCUACAGCCCUCCUCAUUCGCCCGUGUCAAGCGUUCAGCCUGAGCGAAUGGCUCUCCAAAGACCCCUACGAGGACGGCGGCACCGUCCAGGAGCAAAUCCAAUGCUACGCGCUCCCCUACGGCGCCAUCGGAAUGGCCAGCCACAUUCUCACCUACUUCACUGCGUAUAUGCUCUCCCGCGGCAGAAACCCAAUUCUCGUCUGGAAACGGCUCAAACAUCGACGGUUCAACCUCUCUGUUGCUGCCGUUGGGUUUGUCAUUACACUUGUCUUGACAUCACUAACCAUGGCGAGAUGUCGACGCACAUGGCCGUUUAUCUUGGUCGCAGUAUGGAAGCUGGUGUUGUCGGUCACAUUAACGGGCAUGACCAUCCAGGCGGCAUGGGAGACACAUGAUGAGCCCAAGAAAGAAAAGCAGCCAAAGGUUGUGGAGGAGGAGCAAGGGUACUUUGCGUAUGGGGAUGGUGGGUACGGCUAUGACUAUCCCGAAUCGACGUAUCAGAGGACACCAACGGAUGACCGUCCUGGACCGAGGACUUCGGCGGCGGAUGUGCAUUUGGGGCAUUACUACCCUCUCAAAGCGCCGAUGGGAACGGGGAGUAGGGUUAGAUUGACUCAGCGGGAGGACGAUGGGGAUGACGACGAAUGGCAUGGGUAUCAUUUGCCAGGGCUGAAGGGGAGGUAUCAUCGGGUGUGGUAUUGGGUCCCGUUGUAUGUGCUUGGGGUCGUCGUCGGGUUUGUGGGCAUCAUGAAUAUCGUGUCGAAGCAUAUCAUGGGGAACCAGCAGUUGAGGAUCAUUACUGGGGUGUUUGGGGGUGUUGUGCUCCUGAUGGUCCUGGUGGUGAUUGUCCUGUCAUGGCUGAUGAUGAGCGGAAGUGGAGGAUGCGUGGGGAUUGUGGGAGUCGGUUGUCUGGCAGCGACAGGAGUUGCUGUGUUCAUGUUGAGCGUUCUGUUUGCCUUUUACAGUGACUGGGUGUUGGCUGCGCUGGCUGAGGAUUUGGUGGGAACGCCAUCGCGGGACAAUGCUGUGUUUUACUGGACGUAUUUUGCCGCGAAGAGGUUACCAAUGGUGUCUUUCUGA